AUGCAAAGUGCAGUGUCGGAGAUUCUUAAGACCUUGAAUGCGUUGCAACAUCCGCGGACCCACUGUUCUUGGUACGCUCUGCGUGGUGCAACUCGUUUGCUACGACGCCCAGCAGAGACACCUUCGACCAUCAUGCUAAGCGACGAUCCCGAUGAGCGAGAGCAGGGUACAGCAGCUGAGCUGUCCUCGGGUUUGAACACCUGCAUUCCUGACACCCCGCGUACAGCAGUAUCGAGAGGAUUGAUUGUUCAACGAACGAUGAAGCGUGUCGGAUCGGACCCCGAAGCAGACAAGCGCGGCAUGCGGCGGAACGGUCCAGACCCCGUUAACGUUUUUUUUGAGUUUCCCUUUUCGGAGCCAUUCCGCUUUUGA